AUGCACCUCGAAUGCGAAAAGGCGCAUGAAGUUGUGUUGGAUGAAGUUAGGGAUGCCGUCAAUCUUCGGCCAACGCACUUCGGCAACUCCAAGAGACUGGCAAAUAGAUGGGAUCAUCGACUGAGUGAGGAGAGCCUAUCACAAGGUGCAUCGCCUCUAAAAGACUCCGUUAAAACAGUCACCCCGUCGGAAACAAUCCCACUUGGGGUCGGAAGACCAGCUUCACUAUUUUACCCGUGGCAAUCCAUGACUAUGACCGGGACAAAGGAGUCGAACCCAACAAAUGCCAUGACAUGCACAAAGGGGGAGGCAGCAUUUGACCUUUCUUCUGCCUUAAACUAUGCUGAGCCAUCAGGCUGGAGUCAAUUGGUAGCUUGUUUCCGGGAGAAUACUCGUCUUAUUCACAAUCCCCCCUAUCAGGACUGGGACACAACUCUUACAUGUGGGUCGACAUCUGCUAUAGACUUAGCCUUACGCAUGUUCUGCAACAGGGGUGACUGGAUCUUGACUGAAAUCUCUACAUACACCGGUACGCUUAUGGCAUCGAGAGCUCAGGGUCUCAAAAUUCAGGCUAUCGAAAUGGAUGAGGACGGUCUACUACCAGAUGAUUUGGAUAAUAAGCUACGUAACUGGGACAUGUCACGGGGUCGCAAGCCUUUUAUUCUAUAUACUAUUCCGUCUGGGCACAAUCCAACAGGCAUAACCCAACCCACAGCGCGAAAAGCAGCAAUCUACCGAGUUGCUGAGCGGCAUGAUUUAUUAAUCAUUGAAGAUGACCCAUACUUUUUCUUACGACUGAAUGAAUCCUCUGCAUUACUGGAUAUUUAUCCCCCUUUCUCAUUGUUUGACAAACUGCGGAAAUCAUUACCAACAUCAUAUUUAUCUUUAGACAAAUCUGGCCGAGUUAUCCGUGUGGAAUCUACCUCAAAAAUUCUUGCUCCUGGCCUCCGCUGUGGGUGGCUAACAGCUAGCAGUCAAAUAGUCGAUAUUUUUGCAAACUUGGUUGAAGUAGGGCCUGCAUCACCCAGUGGGCCUUCACAAGUUAUGCUAUACAAACUGCUUGUUGAGAACUGGGGUCAAGAAGGCUUUGCUAACUGGUUAAACCACUUGUCAAGGGAGUAUAGGUCAAGGAGGGAUAUUAUGAUUGCUGCAUGCGCGAAGCAUCUACCUACUGGGAUAUGUACAUGGACGACACCAUCACACGGAAUGUUCUUGUGGAUUACUAUAGAUUUAGAGAGGCACCCUGACUACACAGAGAUGUGGACAGUUCAGUGCCUUGAUGUUGAGGAUAGGAUUUAUGAGCGAGCUGAGAGUAACGGGGUUAUUGUUGCAAGGGGAAGCUGGUUCAAUGUUGAAAAGCAUGUGGAUAAGGUGUUUUUCAGGAUGACGUUUGUUUCUACGGCCUCACAGGAUGACCUCGAACAAGGAGUUAAGCAGCUCAGUAAAGCUGUCAGAGACGAAUUUAGGUUGCCGAGGCCAUAA